GGAUUAGUUCCUUCCCGAUUGGGGAUUCUGGUCUCCGAAUGGAGGCGUGGGUUCGAAUCCCACUUCUGACAUUUACUUUUUACUCUUAAGUAAAAAUUACGUUUCUUUUCAUGAGCGGAAAAUGCAAAAAGACAACACUUAGAUUAAAGUGCAUAAUUAAUGCCUUUUCUUCAUACAAUUUUAGAGUCCAUCCGAAAGAGUGGAAAUGUGUCUUUGGCAUUACCAUGAAAAACAUCGACACAAAAAUAAAUACGCGUUAAGAACAAUAGCUUGCAACAGUCAUGCCAUGCAACAAUAUACACAUACAUGCCGCUAUGCCCAUAUUACACGAUUACUACAUUAAUCCGAUAUCUUCAUACAAGAAACUCUUAGCUGUGUUUAAUACAUCGAUUGCAUACGGGGGGAAAAGAUUUCUUGUACACAUUGUUGUUGGCCAUAGGCAUUGUAAAAAAGGUAGCAGUUGAAAAUAGGAACGAAGAGGGUGGGGGCGACAUCAACGAUAAACUGAAAUUUCCUUUGAGCUGCAAUAAUACAGAACUUUAAACUGUUUCUGUGAUUGACCAAUUAUUUCACUAACAGUAUUAACAAUUCCAGACAAUUUCCCCUUACUCUUAAUGCUCAGGCUACCAUACCAUACCGUGAUACCAAAAGUAAGGAGGUUUGCUUUCUACCAACAUUCUAUAGAACCUUUCUAAAACGUUUCGACUCUAAACCCUUUUCAGCUUUCUGACAAAAAAAUAUACGCCGACUACCCUUCUUAAAAAUGCAGUUGGUAUUCUCUGCAAUGUUUACUGUAAAUACUCAUCUAUUACCCUACGUAUUUGAAACAAUAAACAGCAAUUCAUAGGUUGAUUAAUAAGGGUGUGUGUUUAGCUCGCAUCAUUUGUUAAUUAUGGCAGCUAAUAUAAUUUUUUGUAUCAUCUAUAUUUAAGCGAAAAGUUUAUUUGUUCAAAGAAGGCAUUACAUGUGUAUCCCGUGUUUUCAUUAUACUGUACGAAACAAAAUGUUUUAUAAAACUCUUGGAAUGUUAAGUAAUCUAUUUUACAUCCAUAAUUAAACAAAUGCUGUCCUACACCAGUGUAAUUCACACAAUGUUACCGACAGAGCAAGGGGAACUGAAAUCAAAUGUACACAGAUAUUUUAAAUACAUGUUUUUCUAAAGAAAUGCAUUCCUGUUAUUUGAAAAUAUUUGCACCUGUACUACUGUCUCAGUAUCCCGACACCAACCAGUUUCGCGCAUGUGCAGAAGUAACCCUAAACCCGGUAGUGUGCAAACAGCUACGAUGCACAGAAAUGAUAUAUCCUGUUGGAAAACGAGCGAGGGGUGGGAAUUUAUUUAAGAAGAACGUACAUCUACAAACGUACUUAAGAGGUCAGUAAUAUAAACAUGGCAACAACUAUCGUCCAUGACUCGUCAGAGGCGGUAGAGCUUUGCUCUCACCGCGGCCUGUACCUGAAACCCAUAGCCAAGCUGGCCAUCACUGUGUUCUGGCCUGACCAGAGGGAGCCUAUCAAGGCCGUGUCAAACUGGGAGGUGAUGGCCAGGCUGAAGCAGAUGGCUCACCCACACCAGUUCAUCUCCAUCCGCGUGUCCAAGAGUACUCAGGAGUUUGUGCGCUUUGAAGCUGAGCUGGAGACCAGGGCUCUGGUGCAAGUACUGUGUCUGAAACUGAAUGGCCAGACCCUGGAAGUGCAAGGCUGUAGCAGAGCCCUGAAGAUCCUUGCUGUGGAGUCCUGUCCAGAUUUUCCCACCCGUCAGGACUGGGAGUCCUAUUUCCAGGACAGAGAGGGUAGACCAGACACGGUUCACUUAGAGGGUCUCCCUUGCAAGUGGUUCAGCUCCCCAGAUUCCCGCAGCCAGAAGCCCAUGGAAAAGAUUGUGAGGGAAGUAUUUGGGUGCUUCGGUCCAAUCCGAAACAUGGAUAUCCCUGCUCUGGAUUUUUACCGGGAGGAGACCGGAGGUAGGGUCUCCACUGCCUUCAGCUUCACCGGACUGCAGACCUUCGACGCCUACCUCCAGUUCCAGGAGUACGAGGACUUUCUAAAGGCAAUGGAGUCCUUUAGAGGCAUGAAGCUGAUGCUGAAAGAAGGGGAUGGAAAGGCUCUAGCAUGUACCAUUAAGGUGACCUUUGAUAUGACAAAUCACCUGAGUGAGGCAGCAGUGGCCAGGCGGCAGCAUGAGAGGAGGCAGCUGGAGGAGCUGGAAGAACAGAGACAGCGAGAGAAGCGGCGUGAGAGGGAGGAAGAGGAGGCUGACAGAAUAAGGAAGGAGAGUCAACGGGAGAAGAAGCGCCAAGAGAAGCUGAGGAGACGAGCCGAGAGGCAGAGGGAGGCUUCAGAAAAGAGACUGUUCGCCACUAGAGAUGUAGUCCAGGAUAUGGAGGAAGAUGAUGAUUGGAUGGAAGAAGAGGUUUGGGAGGAGAGGAAGUUGGUUCUGGCUCAGCGGAGGCUGCAAUCCAUUCGACUCCUCACCAGUUUGCUUCAGAAAGUUCAGGACCUUACAAAACAAAAGACAGAGAAAAAAAGUCUGAAGACUGAGAAAUCUUCUUGUGAUGAUCCGGAUUCUCCAGAUGAAAUCACUGAAGAAAUUGUUGCCUCAAAAAGGGUAUGGGGUAUAAAUUCUAUUAUGAACAAACCUAUUACAAGUCUGACAGAGCCUGUGGUGUGUCCUCCAGAUACAACAAUUCCAGAUUCUAUUACAGAUGACUUAUCUUCAAGUCAUGCCAUUUUAUCCCAUGAGCACCCAAGUCAAUGCUUUAACUAUGGACCACUGCAGGUAACAAUAUGCCAGAGCCACUCAAACAGGGACUUAAGCCAACACUCACAAACAACUUCCAGUCAGAGAACACAAAACUCUUCAUCUCCAUUUAGAAGAAUUGCUUCAAGCAAAGAGUAUUUUUCUACAAGACACAAGAAAAAAGAAAAGAUUUACGAGUCAGAGGAGUUCAUGAAUUUUUUACUGAACCACUAUUCUCACCCAACUUAUGCCAGGUUGUGCCAGAGCCCUCAGUCCUCACCAGCAUCCAGUUGGCAGAGAGUGGUUUCUGACAAUGGGAAAGGCUACCAGAUUAGCUUGAUGAACAUGGAUGGUGGAUUCUGUACUGAGGUCAGCAUCAGUCAGAAUGCAAGAAAAAUCAAUCGCAGUGAUGAGGACAGAUACAAGUGGAAAAUCACCAUUAAGGAGAGAGAACCAAGCCGGAGAAUGACUGGGAUCCAGAGGAGCCCAUCGCAGGGCUAUGGCAGAGAGUUUGAGGUGUGCUGGAAUGAGUCCAGCAUGCAUUGUGCCACAGAAGAUCCUGAAUAUGUACAUACCCUGGAAGACCUGUCUCCACUGCAGAAUUUCACUGUGAAAGAUUAUGAUUCAGUUAGCCACAGAGAAUUUGCAAAGAAAAGGAAGCCUACGUCACUUACUUCCUUCCAUCAGAGAACUUUCUCCACUGAUGCACAAGUCCAAAUCUUUGGAGAAUCAAAACUUUUAGAGGUAGUCCCUGAGAAGGCCCAUCUUGAAGGCCAGAGGAAGACUCAGAUCAAUAUAGAAAAAACUGACAGUUUAUCUAAAGGAUAUGAAGAGAAAGUUAGCAAAGUAAGUAUCCCUGAAGACGGAGAGGCGAAGGAAAAAAUAUGUGAAGAUGAAGGAGAGGUGUGCCCUUUGUCUAAGGAAGGUGAUGCUCCUGGUGUAGCCAAAGCAGGACGAAAGAAGUCCAAAAAAAAGAGAAAAAAAUCCAAAGGGUGUGUCAGUGGCAGUGAUGCAGAAACAUCUCAAGCGAACAAGAAACGGAAAAAGAAGAAGAAGAACAAGCACAAAAAUUCCAAAGGUGAGAAACGUGUGGAGGAAUUAGAAAAACGGAAGAAAGGCAGACUUUCCGAGUGGGACCAGCUACAUCAUAAACAAAAGCAAGGAACUAGUGAGCAUAGAUAUUCUUUGUGGGACAAACAACACAUGAAAGCAAAGACCAUUUCUUACCCUAAACCUUGGAAUGGCUUUGGUAACAGAUACAAUUAUGGUAAUGAGUUUGGAGGCUGGAAUUAUUACUAUGUUAAACCUCAUAAAAGAUUUGAUAGUAGCAGGGGAUUUGCAAAUGAGACUGACAAUCCUGGAGCAAAGCCAUCUAGCUGGUAUGCUGGUGGCAGAUAUGCUGACAUUAAUCAGAAUUUAGAUAUUGUUCCAAAGAAGAAGAAAAAAGAAAAUUGAAACAGUUUUGAAUCUUGAUGUCCUAAUGAGUUUGGAUAACUGCCACUUUGAUGCAAAAAGUUCAUAAAUAUAUUUUCAAUGUUUUUGUCUGACUUGAAAACUAAGUUAAUUCUUUCUGGUGUUUUUCAAACUCUUGGUACCUAUUGCUCAUUUUGUUUUCAAUUUCUAUAAUUAAAUAUAUAUUUUACAGGGAAAUCAUUGGUAUUAUUUUA